UUCUCGUUAGUCAUCUCCGGUUUGACUAAAAUCUUGCAUUCAGUCAAUGAUAUGAGAGCCCAAACUCACGGACAAAUCCAACCGGAAUUUGAGCGAAACUUUUACGAAUCGCAACUAAUAGUUUUGGACACUCUUGAGAAGUGUCUCAGUUCUCAACCUAAAGAGACCACACGUUUCGACGAAGCUAUGAAUGUUAAGGCAUUGCUUAGAGAGUUAUGUCAGUUUAUUGAUAUUCCGAAUGAGAACCCAAUGGCAGCACAACUUAAAAUUCUUGCAUCAAAAGUGUUGUUUGCGUUAAGUCUUAAUAACUUUAACGCUGUCUUCAGUCGUAUAUCUGCGAGUUUGUUAUUACUUCUCUUAGGUCUGAAAUAUCUGUAUCUCGAUUAUGUUUUCCGGAGUCUUCGGAAAAGCGCUCAUUUGGUUCUAAUGACGAGUUUGGAAAAAGCCAUCUGGAAUUGGAUGGACACAUAUCCUCAAGAGUUUAUGGAAUUGCAGAGAAAACCAAACGAAGAAUUGGCCGAUUGUUGCGAUCGUCUCUUUGAACUGUUGGACAAUUUUGCCGAAAAUAAUAACAAACGUCGCGCCACUGUAUGGCCGCUACAGAUCAUGCUUUUAGUGCAAACAGGAUUUUAUAACCUUCUCUAUCACUUGCGGCUAAGACCGCGAGGGACAAGAGGAGUGUCAAGAUCAUUGCAGUUGACAGAAGCGGCUGCAGUCACUUGCGUUAAGCUCUGCAAAGCCUCCACUUAUAUCAAUAUAUUGGACUCCAAUAAUGUGGUCUUCGCUUUGGUUCAAUCAGUGAUAAACGAUCUGAAAGUUUUGUUGUUUAACUCAAAGCCAUUUAUUAGAAGUCAAUCUAAUAUCAAUCAAGACGUGGAUCUAAUGAUUGACUGUUUUGUCUCAGUUUUCCGAAUAACUCCGCAUAAUAACGAAGCCCUAAAAGUAUGUCUGAACCCAAACUCUCCAUCGAUGUAUCACUUUGUACUCGUCUGUUCAUUAUAUCGAAUCGUAACCCAACCUCGACUCGUUUGGUGGCCACUCAUUGACAUAGUCUAUAGUAAGGCACCGGAGCUGAGAAUCAUGUUUACCGAUACUCUAACUAAAGUGACCCAGGGUUGUAUUACACACACCCCUCUCAAAAUGAUUCAGGUAUUAUUACACACCACUUAUGACACAACACUUCUUAACACUUAUUCUGAAAAUUUGCUCUUUUCUUGCAUUCAUUUCUCACUCAUUUUCAAACCAAUCCAUAGCUCUAGCUUUACAUUGAAAGACAAGGUCUCGACUCUUAAGUUCAAAGAGAAGACCACUGAAGAAGGAUUGAGUUAUAAGAAUCUUCUCCUAUGGAUGGUUCGUCUGAUUCACGCGAACCCAAUGCUAAUGCUUAACAAUCAGGGAAAGGCAGGCCAUGAGAUCCAGAGCAGUACACUAGAGCUGAUCAAUGGUUUGGUAUCACUGGUUCAUCAGCCGUCGAUGCCUGACGUCGCACAGGAAGCCAUGGAAGCACUGCUUGUCCUCCAUCUGCCCGACAACAUAGAGAUGUGGAACCCGGAGGCGCCCAUCAAUACAUUCUGGGACGUGUCCUCUCAGGUCCUGUUCUCCAUAUCACAGAAACUAAUCCAACACCAGAUCUUAAACUAUACAGAAAUCCUUAAGUGGUUGCGAGAAGUGUUGAAAUUCAGAAACGCAUUCCUUCAGCGACACAAAGAGUACGCAAAUCUCGGCUCUCAUAUAGCGAUCUGCAAACAGGCGCACAUCAAACUCGAGGUCGUUUUCUUCAUGUACUUAUGGUCUAUAGAUAUUGACUCGGUUUUGGUGGCCAUGUCUUGCUUUGCACUUCUGUGCGAAGAGGCAGACAUCCGGUGCGGUCAGGACGACCUGACGGCCACAUACCUGUUGCCCAAUUAUCACGUGUACCAAGAAUUGGCCAUUUCUAGCAAUAUCUUGACCACUGGUCGCGCGGCCCUUCAGAAGAGGAUUAUGGGUUUAUUACGAAAGAUUGAAUAUUGCACUCAAGGGUGCUCUCAGGCCUGGGAAGACACGUUCAUGAAUUGGGACGCAGCCACUAAGCUGUUGGUCAGUUAUCCAAAGGCCAAACUCGAUGUCGCUGAGGGACAGAUCGAUGGCUUUCACCGAACGGUCAGCAAAAGACGUGCUUCGCAUCAGAGCACUGAUCACGAACUCGAAGACCAGAUCAACGAAUGGGCGAAUAUGACGGGAUUCCUGUGCGCUUUGGGAGGCGUGUGUUUACAGCGCAAGUCUCCCUCCGCUAAGUCUAAUAUCGCGGUCUCUUUGUUGUUGGACUCGAGCCGAAAGGGCUCAAUGUUGAGCGCAGCUCAAGACUCACUCCAAUACUGUCCGGUCACACAAUUUGUGGGUCAAGUGCUUAAACUGCUCGUCUGUCACAACGAGAAAUUCGGAACACAAAUCCAGAAACACGUGAAAGAACUCGUGGCUCAUGAGAUCAGUCCUACGCUAUACCCCAUACUCUUUGAUCAAAUCAAAGUUCUGGUCGAGAAGUUCUUCGACUCCAUCUCCGGUCAAGUGAUGUUGACUGAAACGAGCACUCAAUUCAUUGAACACAUCAUUUUCAUAAUGAAGAGUGUGUUUGAGAACAAAGUAGAGCACACGACCGAACACUUGGGCCUCACCAGCAUUGAGAUCAUGAUGUUAGCCAUCGUUCGCUAUGUCCGACACCUCGACUCCAAUAACGUUCACUACAUCCACAUCAAGACCAAAGUGUGUCAAUUGGUUGAGGCAAUGAUGACCAGAAGGGAUGACCUCUCCUUCAGACAAGAAAUGAAGUUUAGGAACAAAUUAGUGGAAUAUCUGACGGAUUGGGUUAUGGGUAACUCACAUCAGAUGCAACCCCCGGGCUCUACAGACUUGACUCCACUGUUGCGCGAUUUGGAUCAGUCUUGUAUGCAAGCGGUGGCCGCUCUGCUCAGGAGUUUACCCCUUCAGCCCGAAGAGAGCGAUAGAGGAGACCUAAUGGAAGCUAAAUCUCAACUCUUUCUCAAAUAUUUCUCACUAUUUAUGAAUCUUCUGAAUGAGUGCAGUGAAGCCCUUCCCACCGAAGAGUCAGUUGUGGCCAACGCUAAUGACGUGAACUCCCGAUACGCGCGACUACAGGCCUGUAAACUGAGUGAACUCAGAACCUGUACUAUUCAGGCCAUGUCUAACUUAUUGAGCGCUAAUAUAGACUCCGGACUAAUGCACUCAAUAGGGUUGGGAUAUCAUAAGGAUCUGCAAACUCGGGCCGCCUUUAUGGAGGUGUUGACUAAAAUCCUACAACAGGGCACUGAGUUUGAUAUGUUGGCCGAGACUGUGUUGGCCGACCGUUACGAGCAAUUGGUCCAAUUGGUGACAAUGAUUGGAGACAAAGGCGAACUCCCCAUCGCUAUGGCUUUGGCCACUGUUGUCAUCACUCCUCAAAUGGAUGAAUUGGCCCGAGUUUUCGUCACUCUCUUUGACGCCAAACAUCUCUUGUCUCCUCUUUUAUGGAAUAUGUUUUACAAAGAGGUGGAAGUAUCUGAUUGUAUGACUACACUAUUCCGUGGCAACAGUUUGGGCUCAAAGAUCAUGGCUUUCUGUUUCAAAAUAUACGGCACUUCUUAUCUGAAAGCACUGUUGGAACCAUUAAUUAAGCCAUUAGUGACAGAACUGAUAUCAAAUAAUCUGAGUUAUGAAGUGGACUCCGCACGGCUUGAAGAGGGGGAGGAAGUGGAGGCCAAUCGCCAUAACUUACUUGUUCUCACACAACGCGUGUUUAACGCUAUAAUCUUGUCGUCCGACAGCUUUCCCUCGCAGUUACGAUCGAUGUGUCACUGUUUAUAUCAAGUCCUUAACAAACGGUUCCCUAACUUUCCACACAACACGAGUGCCGUCGGGACUGUUAUAUUCCUCAGGUUUAUAAACCCGGCGAUUGUCUCUCCCUAUGAGAUGGGAAUCGUUGACAAACAGCCCAUUUCUAAGAUCAAGAGAGGACUGAUGCUUAUGUCGAAAAUACUGCAAAACAUAGCAAAUCACGUGGAAUUCAGUAAAGAGCAACACAUGCUUCCGUUCAAUGACUUCUUGAGGUCUAACUUUGAAGCGGGUCGUCGUUGGGUCGUACAGAUCACUAGCGAUUGCGAGACAGUUGACCAUCAGGCCGGCCAUAACCUGUCGUUCAUCAGCGAUGCCAACGUUCACGCAUUGCAUCGGCUGUUGUGGAACCAUCAGGAGAAGAUCGGCGACUAUCUCUCCAGUUCUAGAGACCAUAAGGCGGUCGGCAGACGUCCUUUCGACAAAAUGGCAACUCUUUUGGCAUAUUUAGGUCCUCCCGAACACAAGACUAUUAGUGACAGUCAAUGGAAUUCAAUGGAUAUGACGUCCACUAAAUUCGAGGAAAUCAUGUCUAAGCAUAAUAUGCAUGAAAAGGACGAAUUCAAGUCUAUUAAGUCGUUAAACAUUUUCUAUAUGGCGGGCACUUCGAGGGCCGGGAAUCCCGUCUUUUAUUAUAUCGGCCGACGAUAUAAAAUCGGCGAAACAAAUGGCGAUUUACUUAUAUAUCACGUUAUCUUAACGUUGAAACCAUUUUGUCACAAACCAUUUGAAGUGGUCAUUGACUUCACGCAUACCGGCGCUGAUAACAGAUUUCGAACUGAAUUUCUGCAAAAAUGGUUUGUAGUGUUGCCAGAAGUCGCUUACGAGAAAAUAGUGGCCACAUAUAUAUACAACUGUAAUUCAUGGGUUCGCGAGUACUCUAAAUAUCACGACAGACUUCUCAUGCCUUUGAGAGGCAAUCGAAAGCUUAUAUUUAUAGACACACCUCAAAGACUCGGCGAUUACAUAGACGUCGAUCAGCAACGCCUUCCCGGCGCCACUCUUUCUCUUGAAGAAGACCUGAAAGUAUUUAAUAAUGCUCUGAAACUAUCGCAUAAAGACACAAAAGUGGCCAUAAAAGUAGGUCCCAGUGCUAUACAAAUCACAUCGGCUGAGAAGACCAAAGUGUUAAGUCAUUCAGUAUUGCUUAAUGACGUGUAUUAUGCGUCCGAAAUAGAAGAAGUAUGUCUUGUGGACGACAAUCAGUUCACACUAACCAUUUCCAACGAGAGC